GUCAGCCAUUAGUGUCAAAAGUGACAUACAACAAACUACGCUGUCAUCAUCAAUUCAGCUGUUAAUCUUUGCAACGAAAAAUGUCGGCAAAAACAACAUUUUCCAACACCAAAUUGUUGCUAAUAAUUGGCAUGGUUGUGGUUAUUAUAAAUUGUUGGAAAAUUAAACCCAUCGAUGCCCAGGACCCCGAAGAACGUGUGAAAGCCAUCCGCAAAAAAUGCAUCGCUGCCAAUAAACUCACCGAUGACCAAGUCAAAUUGAUUAUGGAUCAUGAUUUGUUCACCCCCACCACCACGGCUGCCAAUACCCCGAAAAAUCUGCAAUGCUAUUGCCUCUGUUAUUUGCAUGAAGCGAACAUAUUUCAAAACAACAAACCCAAUGAGAAAUUUUUACGUGAAGUCCUACCCGUCAUGAUCAACGACAAGACCAAGGCCGAGAAAAUUUUGGAAAAAUGCAAGAAAUUGGAGGGCAAGGAUGAUUGUGAAAUUGGUUUCAAUUAUGAACUAUGCCUGAUUAAGGAAAGUGGGUUGUAUAUGUAUUAGAUGGGAUGAAUUGAUAUCCGAGAGAACUAUAGUAAAAAUUGAAUAUUCUCAA